AUGCCACUUGACCUAGAUGCGUGCAUCGAGAAGCUGAUGAACAAGCAGCUGCUUGUCGGAACGCUCAUCAAAGAAAUUUGCGAGAAGACCAAGGAGCUAUUGAUGAUGGAAAGUAACGUCGUGCACAUUAGUGCGCCCGUGACCGUAGUGGGCGAUAUUCAUGGGCAAUUUUACGAUCUGCUCGAGAUAUUUCGUAUUGGUGGCGAUGUACCAAACACGAACUACUUGUUCUUGGGAGACUAUGUGGACCGCGGCCUCUUUUCCGUCGAAACGAUCUCGUUACUAACGUGCCUCAAGCUGCGCUACCCUCACCGUGUCCAUCUUGUGCGUGGCAACCACGAAAGCCGUGCCGUCACGCAGACAUACGGGUUUUAUGCAGAGUGCACACGCAAGUACCCUGACUCCAACGUGUGGCAGUACUUUACCGACAUGUUUGACUUCCUUACCCUAUCUGUGGUUGUGGACAACGACAUUUUCUGCGUCCACGGCGGCUUGUCGCCGUCGAUCCACUACAUCGACCAGAUCAAAAUUCUCGAUCGGUUCCGCGAGAUCCCGCAUGAGGGUGCUAUGGCCGACCUUGUAUGGUCGGAUCCGGAUCCCGAUAAAGAGGAAUUUGCUAUCUCGCCCCGUGGUGCCGGCUACACGUUUGGCGCGUCGGUCGUGCGGCAUUUCCUGCAAUGUAAUCGCAUGUCUCAUAUUCUCCGCGCACACCAGCUGUGUAUGGAGGGCUACAAUGUGCUCUACGAUGAUCUGCUGAGCACAGUGUGGUCUGCCCCCAACUACUGCUAUCGGUGCGGCAAUCUCGCGUCUAUACUGGAGGUCGGGCCCAAUGGCUCGCGGCACUUUAAUACGUUCGAAGCCGCACCUGAAAAUGAACACGAUGGACCGCUGCAGGCGGCACAUACCCAUAGCGAGACGGUUGAGUACUUUUUGUAA